UCUGAACGAAAGUCCUCAUAAAGCUCAUCUCCAAAGGCCGUAAUGUAUCCGAGUUCUUUGCCCAAGUCGUCAAGAAUGUCGCGUCGCAUAACCUCGAGAUACGGAAGCUUGUCUACAUAUACCUCCUGCGCUACGCAGAGCACGAGCCCGACCUCGCUCUGCUGUCCAUUAAUACGUUCCAGAAGGACCUCUCAGACCCAAACCCACUCAUUCGUGCUAUGGCUCUGCGGGUCCUCUCAGGAAUCAAGGUCCCCAUGAUUGGCAGCAUCGUUGUGCUAGCUAUCAAGAAAUGUGCUUCGGACAUAAGUCCGUACGUUAGGAAGGCUGCAGCUAUGGCCAUCCACCAAGCAUACAAGUUGGUGAUAGCCACCCCUUUGCUCAAGACUCGCUUAUGACAUCCUGCUCCCAGGCUUGACUCUAGCUUGCAACCUGAGCUCAUUGAGAUCAUAUCUAACCUUCUUCGAGACCGGUCAUCGCUCUCAAUAGGCAGUAUCGCGACCGCGUUCGAAGCCGUCUGCCCGACGCGUCUUGAUCUGCUACACAAGCAUUAUCGACGUCUAUGCCGUACACUUGUCGACAUGGACGAGUGGGGACAGGCAGACCUAAUGUCACUGCUUCUGCGAUAUGCUCGUACAAUACUUCCUCGUCCGCUCGUUACCGGGGAUCGUGAAGAAGUCGAUUUGGACGUUCGGCUGCUGCUUACCUCUUCUGAACUUCUCUUCCAAUCGUGUAACCCAGCUGUAAUUGGUAGCCUUC